AUGGAAGUAGCGAAUCUAAGUGAGAUAAUUGUACGAAAUAAACUUCGACAUGAUUUGAGAAAUGUCACAUUGGUGUAUGCUGUUAGUAACAAAUUGCAAGCACGCUCAUUUUUAGCAACGGAAUAUUGGCUUGAUUGGAGAACUGUUAAUGUGGUAACUGAACAAAAUAUUAGAAAUAUAAUUCGCAAAGAUGUUGGGGAAAUAUUGUCACGGCGUGAAAGAGCUAUAGAUGGUUUUGGCUGCAAUACGUGCUAUCGUCAUUAUUGGCAAUUAUAUUGGGAAAUGAAUGGAAGACGAUAUAAGAUAAAUAAAGACAACGCACAAGUUAAUGUGUGGGAUAUAGACCGUGGUGGAGACUUAGAAAUAACAUUACUCAAUGAAGGUAUUCAUAUUCGUGUAGAUUUUAAAUUACCGUCGGGAAAUGCUUAUUUUUACGCUGAAAACGUCUGA